GGGCGGCGCGAGCUGAGGAGGUGCGCAUGUGGAGGGGCUGUAGAGGGGACUGACAGGAGGUGUGCUGCUGGAACUGCUGCUGUGUGCAGCGGCUAAGUCAGAGGAGAGAAGUGUGCUGCAGCUGCCUGAAGCUGAGGUUGCUGUUGGUUGCUGUCCUGCUGCUGAGGAAGGAGAAGUGGGGCAGUGUUGUGCUGCUGAUUGAAAGGGAACUGGAGACUGCUGAUUCUGCAGAGGACUGUGUGCGGCUGUGCUUGCUGCUAUUGUUGGCUGUGUAGGCUGUAUCCGAAGAUGAGUGAGCCAACAGGCCUUGCUGAGGCUUUCGAGAAGCUAGCUAAGAUCCUUGAGGAGUCGAAAUCUGGGGCCAUCGUUCCUCGACAGGAAGUGGCUCAGAAGAUCGAACUGUCGCCCAUGGACAUGAAGUUAGAGGGGGCUACCAAUUAUCUGAGCUGGUCCCGAAGGGCGUUGCUGGCUGUGGAACAGAAGGAGCUUGAUGGGCACUUGUUGGGUGCUGUUGCUGAACCAGGAGACAAGACUACUGUGGAGGGAAAGAGAUGGAAGGUCAUAAACUCUGUGCUCAUUGGCUGGUUGUUGAACUCGGUGGUGCCCCCCAUUGGACGCUCUGUGGAGGGGCUAUCCACAUCCGCUGCGAUAUGGACGACUCUGUCCACCUUGUACUCAGGUAAGGGCAAUGUCAUGCUCAUUGCUCAGAUUGAGGGGAAGAUCAGUCGGCUGCAUCAAGGUGAUGACAUGUCAGUGAUGACAUAUGUGGCAGAGCUGCAGGCUUUGUGGGCAGAGCAGGAUAACUGCGACCCUCUGGAACUCUAUGAUGCGGCUUGCAUCGAGUCAGGGCGCAAGUGGAUUGCACGCAGGCGUGUGCUGAAACUGUUGGAGGGGCUUAGAGGUUGCUUUCAUGGCAGGAGGGCAUCCCUGUUGCACCAACCUCUCCUGCCCUCUAUUGAGGAGACUAUUGCUGCAAUGUCUCAAGAGGAGGUGCGGCUAUCUCUUGAGCAUGCAGACAUGAAGGUUGUGCCGGCUUCGACAUUUGCAGUCACUGAGCGCAUGGAGUGGAGCGAUCCCAACAAAUGUCAUAUCUGUGGGGAGGUAGGUCACUGGAAGUGGGCGUGUCCAACUCGUGGCAGAGGCAGGGGAUACGACAGAGGGGGAACUGGCAGAGGCAGGCGUGGUAGAGGCAGAGGUGGAUACUCAGGGACCUCAAGGGGUCAGGCUUCUAUGGGUAGAGGUGGCUACUCAGGACACUUAGGGGAUCAGAGGGCUCACAUGACAGUGGCAGGAGACACUGGGACGUCACAAGGCAAAGAUGCAGCUGAUGCUGACUAUGGAGACUUUGCUCUCUGGGCCUCCACUGAUGAAGGAGCGCCAGACGAGCCAGACGGUUGGGACUGGCACCAGGCGUAGGGGGCUCUGGUACAUGGACCAGGAGGUGCAGCCGGACUUGGUGUGUGCUGCGACCAUGGAGGACAAGGAGAAGGAGGCGAUGAUCCAUCACUGUAGGAUGGGACAUGUAUCUUUUGAUAAGAUGAGUAGAAUCUUUCCGGAUGUUAUGUGUGGGAUAGGCAAGGGCAAGUUGACAUGUGAUGCUUGCGAAUAUGCCAAACACACACGAGCCUCAUAUGUGAGCAAGGGGCUUAGG